AUGGAUCCCCUCAAAGAUGCAAGUAUGAGGCAGGGAGAGGAAGAAUGUCAACCCCUCGACCAAGGCGCGGAAGUCAACGACAAGUAUGGAGAUGCUCUCCAGGAUCUCGAUCUCCAGGAUGCUGUCUUAGAUGGGGAUAAAUUCUAUGUUCGAUUGCUUAUUGAGAAAGGCGCCGACGUCAACGCUCAAGGAGGCGAGUUUGGAACUGCUCUCCAAGCCGCCGCAGCUAGGGGUCAUCGAAAGAUUCUUCAAUUGCUUCUUAGGAAAGGCGCGUAUAUAAAUGCCGAAGGAGGCAAGUAUGGAACUGCUCUCCAGGCCGCCAUAACUGAGCGUCAUCAAGAGAUCGUUAAGUUGCUUCUCGACCAAGGCGCGGAUAUUAACGCCCAAGGAGGCAAGUAUGGAACUGCUCUCCAGGCCGCUAUAAUCAAGGGAACUACUCUCUAUAUCGCUCACCAAGAGAUCGUUCACUUCCUUCUCGACCAAGGCGCGGAUAUUAACGCCCAAGGAGGCAAGUAUGGAACUGCUCUCCAGGCCGCCAUAACUGAGGGUCAUCAAGAGAUCGUUCAAUUGCUUCUCGACCAAGGCGCGGACGUCAACGCUCAAGGAGGCGAGUUUGGAACUGCUCUCCAAGCCGCCGCAGCUAAGGGUCAUCAAAAGAUUCUUCAAUUGCUUCUUAGGAAAGGCGCGUAUAUAAAUGCCGAAGGAGGCAAGUAUGGAACUGCUCUCCAGGCCGCCACAAUUGAGCGACACCGAGAAAUCGUUCAAUUGCUUCUCGACCAAGGUGCGGACGUCAACACCCAAGGAGGCAUGUUUGGAAGUGCCCUCCAGGCUGCUGUAUCUAGGAGUAAUGGAGCGUUUGUUCAAUUACUUCUCAACCAUGGCGCCGACGUUAACAUCCAAGGAGGCGAGUAUGGAACAACUCUCCAAGCGGCCGCAGCAAGAGGAGAUAAACCGACCGUACAAGUGCUUCUUAAAAAUGGAGCGGACGUCAACUCCCAAGGAGGCAGAUUUGGGACUGCCCUCCAGGCCGCCGUCUUCGAAGGAGAUUUGGCAAUUGUUCAAGCGCUUCUUGAAAAUGGAGCUGACGUCAACACCCAAGGAGGCAGAUUCGGAACUGCCCUUCAGGCUGCCGCAGUAAGAGGUCACCAAAAGAUCGUUCAAUUACUAGUUGAAAAAGGCGCCGACUUGAACACUCGAGGAGGCGAGCAUGAAACUGCUCUCCAGGCCGCCGUCUAUAAAGGAGAUAUAGCGAUCGUGCAGUUACUUCUCGAGAACGGCGCCGACGUUAACUCUCUAGGGGGACAAGGUUCCACUACUCUCCAGGCCGCUGUUUUAAGUAGGCCUAUCGCGAUAGUGCGCCUCCUUCUUAAUCAAGGUGCAGACGUCAAUGCCGAAGGAGGCGAGUUUGGAACUGCUCUCCAGGCCGCCGCAUUUCGAACGAACAAAGAGAUCGUCCAAUUGCUUCUCGAACACAACGCGGAUAUUAACAUCCAAGGUGGCGAGUAUGGAAAUGCUCUCCAGGCUGCCGUAUUCGUAUAUAGAGGAAAUAUGUCGAUUAUACAAAUGCUUCUCGACCAAGGCGCGGAUGUCAACGCCCAAGGAGGCGAGUAUGGAACUGCUCUCCAAGCCGCUGCAGCUAAGGGACAUCAAGAGGUCGUCCAAGUGCUUCUUGAGAAAGGCGCGGACGUCAACGCCCAAGGAGGCAAGUAUGGAACUGCUCUCCAAGCCGCCGCAGCUAAGGGACAUCAAGAGGUCGUCCAAGUGCUUCUUGAGAAAGGCGCGGACGUCAACGCCCAAGGAGGCGAGUAUGGAACUGCCUUCCAGGCUGCUGUAUUGGAUGAAAGCAUGACUAUUGCGCGACUCCUUCUUGACAGACAUGGAAACAUAAUAUCAAUCGCCGAGGAGGUUCUCAAGAAAGUCUUAGAAACUUCAGAAAAUGCAGUUCAGUUGAUGAGCCUACUUCUCCAGAAACAGGAAGGCAAUAUUAUCAUUACAGAAAAAAUCCUCAAGACAGCUGCAAAAAGUGACCGGGGUCAUCAGUUAGUGUCUCUUUUUCUAGAGAGCAGUGUCAAGAUCUCGGACGAUGUCAUCUGGGUACGAGAACUGGGGAAGGUGGGAUAUAGCACCUAUGAGAUUAUGGAGCUUCUUCUCGAAGACAGCAAUGGCUCUCCAUGGAUUAUUUUCGACCCAACUUGUUUCCCCUCUUCUGAAAUCGAGCCUGAUAGACAUAUUCCGGGAUGUUGCCACUCUGUUUCGCCCCAGGAAGCACUGCCAGCGCAGAUUUUUGAUUCCGUCUUCGAAGGCCAAACAAUCAAGUUUGAUGACCAAGGGAUAAUGUUUCAGAUACAGGAACUCUGUGGUAUGGCUGGAAUAAAGCCUACUACUCAAAGUGUGGCUGAUUGGGUUGGAUUUAUUGACUUCAAUGUCAGCGACCAGGUACUUUCAGUGACAUAUGAGCUGCCUACUGAUGAAAUGAACCCGCGCGAUAACGAAAUACUCUGGUCUCGCAUCUCUCGAGCCCUAGACGGAUUUUAUCACGCUGCUGCUUUGCUGCAAGCACACAAUCUUUGCUGCAAUUCCUUCACAGUUCUCAGAUCAGGGGUUCAAGACCAUGAACCACCUGGCUCAUCUCUGGUAGAAAUCAUCAAUAUUUCCUUUAAGCCAAUUUUGAUCCUUAUUCAGGAGCUGUAUAAGGUCAUGAACCCGAUUUCUGAGUUUUCCGACACUGAAAAGCUCCUAUCUACAUCCACCGCAAUCCUCGGACUGGUCUGGCCCGAAAUAACGAAAACCCCAGAUGACUCUAGCAUCGAGUGGUGCCUUCACGGCAUGCCGAGGAUCUACUUGAUACAUGGGGACCUGGGAACCUCAUACUCCAAGGAGAUCGAAGUGGCCUUCCUAUCGCCAUAA